AAACUGCUCAAUCGAUGACCAAGACUGAAGAGAAAAAUGCUCCGUUGAUGAAUAUGACUGAAGAGCAAAGUGCUCAAUUGAUGACCAAGACUGAAGAGCAAAAUGUUCCAUUGCGGAAUACGACUGAAGAGGAAAAUGCUCCACUGUUGAAUACGAUUGUUGAGCAAUAUGCUCCACUGAUGAACAAGACUGAAGAGCAAACUGCUCCAUUAAUGAACAAGGCUGACGUGCAAGAUGCUCCACUGAUGAACAAGACUGAAGAGCAAAAUGCUGGAUUGAUUAGAAGGAUUGAAGUCAAAAGUAGAAGGAGGAGGGGAAAGAACAAGAAAAACAGGGGAACUUCAUUUGAUCCAAAUACUCAAGUUUCAAGUGGCGAGGUCCCCAAGAACAACAGAACAACUUCAUUUGAUCAAAAGACUCAAGUUUCAAGUAGCGAGGAGGUGCAGGCUGAAGACAAGAAAAUAAUAAUAAAAGGAGGAUGUGAUUUUAGUACAAGAGGGAGGUGGGUGUAUGAUAAGAGCUAUCCCUUGUACACAAAUAGUUCAUGUCCUUUCAUAUUUGAAGGUUUUGACUGUCAAGGAAAUGGGAGAUCAGACCAAGACUACAUGAGGUGGAGGUGGCAACCACAAGACUGUGACAUUCCAAGGUUCAAUGCAAAAAAAAUGCUGGAACUGUUGAGAGGGAAAAGGCUACUUUAUGUGGGCGAUUCCAUCAAUAGGAAUCAAUUUGAAUCCAUGGUGUGCAUGUUAGUGGGAGAUAUAAGAGAUCCAAAUAGGCCCAGAAUCAAACAUGAGAAGGGGAAGUAUAGUUUGAGCUUUGUGGAUUACAAGUGUAAAGUUGAAUUUUCCCCAUCCGUUUUCUUGGUUGAUAAAAGCAUGAAAAGAGUAGGGAAGAAGCCGGUCCCAACCUUGCGAAUUGAUUCCAUUGAUCACCGCUCAUCUAGAUGGAGAGGAGCUGAUAUUGUGGUAUUCGACACUGCACAUUGGUGGACCGAUUCAAAAACUAACGCUGGGGUUAAUUUCUACCAGGAAGGGGACCAAAUUCAUCCAUAUCUUGAUGUUUAUACAGCCCUCAGAAAAGGUAUGAUGACCUGGGCAUCAUGGGUUGAUAAACACACUGAUCCAAGCAAAACCCAAGUUUUCUUUCGAACUUCAUCGCCAACGCAUUUCAGUGGAGGUGAAUGGAAAUUACGCCGGAGUUGUAUAGGAGCUACUGAACCCCUCCUCCGAGAUUCAGGAAUUGCAAACGAGAAAGAUAGAAUUGCAGUGGAGGUUAUAAAGCAGAUGAAAACUCGUGUGACUUUGUUGAACAUAACAAGCAUGUCAGAGUAUCGAAUAGAUGCUCAUCCAUCAGGCAUUCUUGAUUGUAGUCAUUGGUGUCUUCCUGGUCUUCCUGAUAUCUGGAAUGAAUUGUUGUAUCAUCAUUUGCUCACUAACUGACCA